AUGGCGACCUGCGUCGGUUAUCAAACCCCCUCGAUUGAUAAACCUGCUGAGCGCAUCCAGGAAGUCGCCAUCUUUCUGGUUCACAAAACCGCGCAGUGUGAACCGAACGACCUGUGUGUGAAGGCGUGCCCGGGCUGUAUGCUGUCUGGUAGUGAGGAAGGUGUCAACAUUUUCAGGAGUGGUGAUGAUUUUGCGAAAGCGCUUGCAGACCCGCUCUGCACGCUUCAGACUCCGGAUUGGCAGGUGCGAGAAUACUUCAAUCAAGAGUUCAGCAGGCAUCGCGUGGAUGGGACUUGGGAAGUCUCCCGUAAAUCUGUGGCCUCCGAGGAAUCGAUCUCCAUGUGGCGGUGUCCGCAGACCCGUGCUGCAGUACCCAGGUGGUACGAGUAUCUUCGCAAUUCUCUCGCGGUGCAAGCCUCGAAAGUGGGCUCGAAGAACCCGUCGGCGGUUUGA